AUGAUUAACAAACCUUUCUUUGAAAUUGUGUUGGUGCUGUUGGCUUCUUCCUCUGUCUGCUCCCGAGAGCUGAAACUGGUUCUUUUCCAACAAAAGAGAGUGAACAGAGAGAGUCUAAAACUCUUGAAUAAAUUGCAGACCUCUUCAAUUCAGCAGUGUCUACCACACAGGAAAAACUUCCUGCUUCCCCAGAAGUCUAUGAAUCCUCACCAGUACCAGAAAGGACAAGCACUGGCCAUUCUUCAUGAGAUGCUUCAGCAGAUCUUCAACCUCUUCAGGGCAAUUAUUUCUCUGAAUGGUUGGGAGGAAACCCACAUGGAGAAGUUCCUCAUUGAACUUCAUCAACAGCUGAAAUACCUAGAAGCACUCAUGAGACUGCAGGCAGAGCAGAAAAGAGACACCUUGGGCAGUGAGAACCUUAGAUUACAGGUUAAAAUAUAUUUCCAAAGGAUACGUGAUUACCUGGAAAACCAGGACUAUAGCACCUGUGCCUGGACCAUUGUCCAAGUAGAAAUCAACCGGUGUCUGUUCUUUGUGUUCCGACUCACAGGAAAGCUGAGCAAACAAGGAAUGGAAACUUGA